CGCCGGGUAAGGGGAACCGCCAUGUUGCUUCCGCAGAUUCGUCAGAAAGUGAAAAUAUAUUAAUAUUUCUGAACAAAAUACCGCAAUGGUACCCCGGGGGAUAACGGCUAAAUAUCAGUCGAAUUUAUAAACGCACGCAUUUGUAUGGAAGCUCAUGGAUCAGCGAACCCCAGAGCUGGUUUCCAUCUUCAUGUGCAAACUGUGCAAUCUGUUUUCCCCAAGUCGAGAUGAGUUACUAACUCAUGUCUCUGAGAAGCAUGCUGAGGAAGGUCUGGCUUCAGAAGAUCUUAUUGUUCCAUUACGACCUCUUCCUGCGUCUGAAAAUACUGAGAGAAAUGAAGAAGCAUCAGCUGUGAAAAGAAAAAGGGGAAGACCCAAAGGUUCAAAGAAAAAAUUCUACACUGAAGCAGAGGAAUUAGGAGAAGCUGGCAAUUGCAAUCUGAGUGCAGAGAAUAAACUUGACCAAGAAGAGGAGGAAUUGGAGGAGUCUGAUAGCUUGGACUGUAGGAAAUGCAGUCGGAAAUUCUCGAACAGGAGACAGCUGCAGAAACAUCGCUGCUUUGUUGUUCUGAAGGAUGAUGGAGAAGAAGAAGAAGAAGCAGAAGAUGACAAAACAGAUCCUGAAGUGGAGUUGGAUGAUGAAAGAGAAAGGUCAAUGAAAAGGCCACGCUUACAAAAGAGUGAAAGUUUGACAUUUAAGGAUCUUGAUCAAAAUUCAGGAGGAAAGAAGCCAAUUGUCAGUGUGGUUCUUGCAGCACAUGAAGCUAUUCCAGGUGCCACAAAAAUUAUUCCUGUAGAGGCCACACCAGCUGAGGAAAUACCAGCAGCUGAUCCGGAAACUAUUAGCCAAGAUUCAUCUCUACGCAAGGGUUAUCAGGAAUAUGCUAUCCAGCAGGCACCAGUGGAACUGCCUCAGAAUUCUUUCAGACAAGGGACCACACAGCUGAAGAUUUUUACCUGUGAAUAUUGCAAUAAAGUAUUUAAAUUUAAGCAUUCACUUCAAGCCCACCUCAGAAUUCACACUAAUGAGAAACCUUAUAAAUGUUCACAGUGUGACUAUGCCAGCACCAUCAAGGCUAAUCUUAUUGUCCACAUGCGUAAGCACACAGGGGAAAAGUUCAGCUGUGACUACUGUGCCUUCACCUGCCUCAGCAAAGGGCAUCUGAAAGUGCACAUAGAACGUGUGCACAAAAAGAUAAAGCAGCAUUGCCGAUUUUGUAAAAAGAAAUACUCUGAUGUCAAGAACUUACUCAAGCACAUCCAGGAGAGCCAUGACAUGGAUGAAGAGAAAGUUAAAGAGGUCUAUGAUGAGCUGCGCCUGCUAACGAGGGAGGGUAAACGGCAACUGCUAUAUGAUUGCCAUGUGUGUGAGCGCAAAUUCAAAAAUGAAUCAGACCGUGAUCGGCAUAUGCUGGUCCAUGGCGAUGACCGCCCAUUUGCAUGUGAGCUGUGUGAUCAUGGUGCCACAAAAUACCAUUCACUGGAGGCACAUGUCCGCAAGCAUAAGUUUAUCUACAUCUGUUCAGUGUGUACAAAGAAAUUUGUCAGCUCUGUCAAAUUAAAAUGUCAUGUCAAGGAUGCUCAUAGCGACUUGGGGGAGGAUGCAGUGUUCAAUGACUCCAUUAAUCAGAGCUUCUAUCUUUUGGAGUCAGGAGGUGACAUUCAGCCAGAGGCCUUGGAGGAUGCUGUUGAUGGUACAAACUUCAGUGGCUGUGACCAAAGUGUGCAUGGGCACCAGGUUGUUAUAGAACUUGAAAAUGAAGGUGCAAACAUUCCCAUACAGAGUCUUACUCAACAAGGAGAGAUUAUGCAGGUCCAUUCGGAGGGCCUUGACAAUCCAGCAGAUGGUCCCAGGGCCGUCCAACAUGAAGAAGUUUCUUUGGAUGAAGUCAGCAUGUCAACAAACAAUGAGCAUAGGUGUGUGGUUGAGUGUAAGGGUGAAAUCUUGCCAACUUUACGUCUCAACAGUGACACUGUGGUAGAUUCUGAAAGCACAAACCACCGGUCUAGUUCGACAGAGCAGGAUGGUACUGAUUCCCUCAAAGAGUAUGAAUCUUGUGUAGUUGAAAAUGAAAACUCAUUUGAAAUGGUCCAGCUUGAUGGGGCUAAAGAUUUGUGCAAUUCAGCUGGUACUCACUUGACUUUUGAGAAAAUUCCAUCAAGAACAGAAGCUCAAAAGGAUGGUGUGGAUCUUGGAGCCUUCCAGCAAGUACUUGACAGCUUGCAGAAGAGACAACUGAAUGUCGGUCUUUUUGAAAAGAUCAGGAAGGUGUAUGGUGAUCUGGAAUGUGGAUACUGUGGAAAAUUAUACUGGUACCAAGUCCAUUAUGAUAUGCACAUUCGGACGCACACCCGGGAGCACCUGUAUUACUGCUCUCAAUGCAGCUACUCCUCCAUCACCAAGAACUGUCUCAAACGUCAUGUCGUGCAGAAACACAGCAACAUUCAGCUGAGGUGCUCAUCUGAGGGAUGCGGUUACACCACUGCGGACAAGUACAAGCUGCAGGCACACCAGAAAAACCAUGGUGAACUGGAGAGGAAAACUUACACUUGUCCAGUAUGUGAAAAAUCCUUUUCAGAUGAUCGUCUUAUUAAGUCUCACAUCACCUCAUAUCAUCCGGAGGUCCCCAUGAGCACUAUCUCAGAGAUUCUAGGGAAACGAGUACAACUAAAAGGAUUGAUUGGAAAACGAGCAGUGAAAUGUCCUUAUUGUGACUGCUAUUUCCGGAAGAAUGGUACGGAUCUGCAGCGUCAUAUUUGGGCACAUGAAGGAGUGAAGCCAUUCAAGUGUUCAGUUUGUGAGUAUGCCACACGCAGUAAGAGCAACUUGAGAGCUCACAUGAAUCGUCACAGCACUGAGAAAACACACCUCUGUGACUUGUGUGGAAAGAAAUUCAAAUCGAAAGGCAGUCUAAAGAGUCAUAAGUUGUUGCACACUGCUGAUGGUAAACAAUAUAAAUGUACAGUAUGUGAUUAUACCGCUGCACAAAAGCCAAAUCUCCUUCGGCAUAUGGAACAGCAUGCUGCUUUCAAGCCUUUCCGAUGUGCACUGUGCCACUAUUCCUGUAAUAUGGCUGGAUCACUGAAGAGACAUUACCACAAAAAACAUCCCAAUGAUGAAUAUGUCAAUGCUGGAACUGGUGUACUAGCUCAAGAAAGUGUGACACAGCAAGGUGGUGUAAAGUGUCCAGUAUGCAGUUUUGUUUAUGGUACCAAAUGGGAGCUCAACAGACACUUGAAAAACAAACAUGGACUGAAGAUUGUGGGCAGCAUAGAAGGGGAAGCCAUAGAACAGGUUCUUGAAGCUUCUACAGAGCAGACUCAGACACAGUAUUUUCACAUAACAGAGAGUGAAGAGGACGCUCAGGGCACUCAGGCAGCUGUGGCAGCUCUUCAGGACCUACGGUACAACACAGAGAAUGGUGAUAGAAUGGAUUCAACAGCAGUAAACAUUCUUCAGCAAAUUAUUGGUUUAGCUCCAGAACAUCAUGAUGGUGCUGUUGCUUCUGUGGUGACCAUGGCACCAGGCACAUUAACAGUUGUAGAACAAGCUGAGGAUGAAACAGCAGGCAAUCAUGCAAUGAUGAUCCAACAAGCCUUGGAGCAAGCUUCAGUGGAGCUCGGAGAGGGUCAUCAUCUGGUAGAGCAAGUUGUAGUCUCUUCUGAUGAUGUGGAAGGGAUUGAGACAGUGACUGUUUACACUCAGGGCGAAGAAACAUCCGAAUUCAUUGUCUAUGUGCAGGAGGCUGUGCAAGCAGAAGACCAAACCACAGAGCAGCAAAUUGAGGAACUGUAACUGCUUCCAUCAUUUUUAACCAGGACUUCAGCUGGUUUGAACAAGAAGGCUCUAAAGCCCCUGUUUCUAUUUUGCGUAAAUAGUGGCAAAAAUAUUGGAAUCAGUGUAACCUGUUCAGGUCAGACUGGCAGAAAAUAACCAAACAGGAAUUCUCCAGAAAAAAGGGCAAUACAUUUCCUUCUGUUACUUCAUGUCUCUAUUUUGUAACUAGCUUUUUCCCGGUUUACACAUAUCCUUCCUAGUCUCCCAUCUACUCUUAUCCAGUCAGUCAAGCUACUUUCCCAUGCUUUUGUUUGAAUUGAUCAGGAACAACAAGAUGGCUAAAUCAAGGAAUAGUGCCACAGAAGCACUCAAAGUAGCCCAUAUGUUUAGAUCCAUGUAGUCAGUCAUGAAGGUGGAGGAAAGGGCUUAAUAAUUUUCUAUAAUACCACCUCACAUGGACAGAUUGAAGGGAGCAAUUGGGAGACAGAAAACCCAGACUGGAGAAUCUCAGGGAGCCCACAGCUAUGGACGCCUGACAAUAGAGUUUGGUUUUUCUUUCUGUUUUUUUUAAAAAUAGUUUCUGCCUGACAUUAUCGUGAAAUACAAGUCUACUUGGAUUACAGAUAAAAAUAAGAUUUGUAUGAAGGGUAAGGACAUUUUUAAUUUAUUUGAUCUUGAUCUUGACACAGAGCUAUAUUCAGAGCCUCAUAUCUCCUGAAAACUGGUCAAGUUAUAUUGGAAUGUCAUUAGAUCAGAGGUGGGAGCAUGUUAAACUGAUUUUCUUCUGUGCUGUAGGCUGUGAAUGAAGUAUCAGUGUGACAACCACAUUGAAUAAAGCAUCGAAGCAACAUGAUU